ACUACUACUGGGUAAAUAUAAAGGAAACGGCGGUUGCCAGCUUUCUAGCAGUAGGCCUACCAUCAUCAGCUGAUCACCAUGGCUGAGCAGCUUUCUCUCUCAGAAGUAAACCUUACCUGCCCGAUCUGCUGUGACAUCUUCACGACUCCAGUAGCACUGAAGUGCAGUCACAGUUUCUGCCAGGAGUGUUUACAGACGUACUGGAAGGACCUGAAGGUUUUGCUGUGUCCCGUGUGCAGGAAAGAAUGUUUGACUGAUGAACCCACGCCGAGUUUGGCCUUCAAGAGCCUCUGUGAGUCUUUCAAGCGUGUGAAUCAAGCCUCUGGACAGAAUCAAGACUUUGGCAUCUGCUCACUGCAUGGAGAAAAAUGUAAGCUGUUUUGUCACGAGGAGAAACAGCUUAUUUGUGUCGUUUGUCAAGUUUCCAAGCAACAUGAACAUCACAAAUGCUCCCCUGUUCAGGAGGCAGCAGAGGAUCUGAAGGUGAAUCUAAAAACAGGGAUUGAAACAUUGGAGGAAAAUCUGCUCGUGUUAACCAAUGCAAAGAAACAGAAUGAAGAGGAUAGCAAUGUUGUAAAGAACCACAUUGAAGCUAUGGAACAAGAAGUAAGGAAUGAGUUCCGGAGAUUCCACCAGUUUCUGCAUGACAAGGAGGCUAAAUGGAUCACAAGUCUACGACAGCAACAAGAACAAAAGUGCUGUGUAGUGGACAAAACCAUAGCCAAAUUAGAACAGCAGAUCACAAGUCUUUCAGAAACCAUCAAAAAAAUGAAGCAAGAAUCAGAGGAGGAAGAUGCUACAUUCCUGAAGAACUAUAACAACAACUAUGAAAGGAUUCAGACUAGUGCAGUGGAUACUGUGGCCCCUGUACAAAAGCUCAGCUGUGAAGACAUCACUCUCCCUGGAUCUCUGUUUGCAGUGUGGGCAGAAAUGCAGGAUCUUAUCCAAGAACCUCCAGUGACGCUGGACCCGCUGACAGCAUCAAAGAGGCUUUUUGUCUCGCAGGACUGCACAACUGUCCAGUACACAACACAGAAGCUGUUGGUUCCAGACAACCCUGAGAGGUUUUAUGUUGGAGUGAUGGGUUCACAAGGCUUCAACUCAGGUGUGCACUGCUGGGAUGUUGGAGUUGGUGAUAGUGAGAAAUGGACCAUCGGGGUAGUGGAAGACACUGUGGAUCGAAAGAAACUUCUCGUGAUGGAACCUCAAGCUCGAUUCUGGAGCAUACGUCUCAGUGAUGGUGUGUACAGGUUGGGUGUCCGAGCACAGACGGAGAUCAUUGUGAAAGAAGACCCAUGGAUUAUUCGUGUGUGGCUGGACUAUGAUCAGGGGCGAAUCAGAUUCUGUGAUCCACACAGAAACAACACCUUGUGCACUUACAGCUGCAAAUUCAAAGAGAAAAUAUUUCCAUACUUUUGUAGUGGAAGCACUGAUUUCCCAUUGACUCUCUUUCCUGGAAAAAUGAAGUAGUAUGCAACGACCCUGCUCAUCACCACAAGGUGGUGGGUUGACUCGUAAGGCUGAUGAGCAGGUUUGUUACAUAUGUAUAGGCCUAUACAGCUUAUACAGUAUACGGUACACCUUGUAUUUACUUCCAUUUGCUUGAGCUUGAGCUUGAUGCUCAACGCAGGAACAAAUUGUCUCCUGAGAAGACAUAAUGAAGGAAAGUUGUAUUAAACACUUGGUAGUAGCCGAUCAUUGGGCUAUUAUUUAUCUGUGUCACAAUCUUUUCCGAUGGGACAGAGCUAGUGCUUACAAUUAGGCCUAAAUAGCCUAUACAUUCAUCUGAAACAAUAUAUGCACGUCUGUAGGAUAAGUUAGCUAUAUUACCUAAGAGAAAAAGCAGACUGUGAAAUUUGACUUUUUUGAGUUUGUAUUAUUUUGACAUUAUAUAUAGACUACAUGUGCCUGCGUAGCUGUCUUUCCUUUCACAGAGCUCAUUAAUGGAGGCGUCUGCAUUCAGCACAACCCUGUUUAAAUAUGUACUAUUGUAAGAUGUACUUUAUUGUAAAUGUCUUUGUACUUGUGUAUGACUAACUCAAUAAAUCAAA